AUGGUGUUACAGUACAUUUUGGUACAGAACCGACAGGGCAAAACGCGACUUGCCAAGUGGUACAAUGCGUAUUCGGACACGGAAAAAAUCAAAUUGAUGGGAGAGGUGCAUCGGCUGGUGGCCGCCCGAGAUCAGCGAUACCAGAGCAAUUUUGUGGAGCUGGGCAACUACAAGGUCAUCUACCGCCGGUACGCGGGACUUUUCUUUUGCAUUGUGGUCGACGAAUCCGACAAUGAGCUCUUCUACCUGGAGGCCAUCCAUCUGUUUGUGGAGGUGCUGGACACGUUUUUCGGCAACGUUUGCGAGCUGGAUCUUGUCUUCAACUUCUACAAGGUGUAUGCGAUCCUCGACGAGGUGUUUCUGGCCGGCGAGCUCGAAGAAACCAGCAAAAAGGUCGUUCUGGCUCGACUCGAGGAGAUUGACAAGGCCAGUUAG